AAUUAAGAGAGAGAGAAAGAGAGAGAAAGGGAAAUGAGAAAUGAGAGAAGAAACAUUGAAGUAUUUAUUUUUGGCAUGUAAGAUCAUCUGGAAAAAUCUCCGCCGAGGAAGGUGCGAACACGGUGCUUUUGUGCGUAACAAAAGAACCCGACACGAGAAUUGGCUUCGUUGCGGGCACAUACACGGCAAGCGUUGGCCACGCACACGUGAAUCGCUUUGUUCCCACGUGGAGUUUCUCAACCUGAUGCCCGAUAACGCGCUCCGCGGCCGGUAAUAAGACGUAACAAUCGGACAACACGGGCGGAUUCUAAAUGAAGCGUUAGCGUUAAUUAGCUUUAUUUAUUAAGUGAAGCAAUCCUUGGUAAUUAAUCGCGAUGCUGAAAAGCGACGUUUGCGCAAUCGUAUUACGGAGUGUAACGCGAUCUCACAACAGUGCAUACAAUAGAUAAUACGUAAUUUUCCUUCGCUUUGCCGUUUUUCAACUAAGUUCUGAAACUUUUUCCCUCCCCGACACCGGUGGUUGGUUUUCAGUACUGUUGAUUGUGUUCGCAAUACUGUAAUCGCGAACUGGAUCAGCGUAUAUCGUGUUACAAUCACGAUUAAAUAUUUCCUGUUUGAAAUGAUGAUCGAUAACGAUAAGAUAAGAUAAGGCGUGAUUAACGCAGAUGCAGUCUGGCUCUGACGAUAAAGUAUCAUUGUGACAACAAGCGCAUUAUGGUUCAAUUACUGUCUCGGGCUGCAACCAACGUCAAAUAUUUAUAAAAUCGAAAUGACGUUGCAGGUAGCACCAAAGCCUCUCUUAUGUCACGCUUUCGCAAUGAAUAUGUUACGGGAUAAAGUUUGAAUGUUUUAUUAUCUAGCAAGGACCGACAGAUCGCUAAGUUACUUUCGGUUGUCGAGCGUCAUUGUGUCCCUACGAAAUAUGUAAAACGCGUCAUAGAAAACGGCGUGUUCUCGCGUACAAGAGAGCUUGAUGUCGGCGAGGUCUAUCGAGUUGGAAAGCACGGCCUUGGUCUCCCAUGGUUACUCAUCGACCGAUCGCCAGCAUGCCCGCAAGUCUACAGUUCACCGAUCCCCAAAGUCCCUGGCCGACGAACAAUAGACAAAUGCCUGACGUUACGGAGAACAGGACGAGCAACUGUCGGGAUGCACACGAUUCCUUUCAUUGAUGUCUGCGCGAAAGUAUCUUGCGUCAGAAGGAAAUUUGCGUCAUUGCAGACUCGGCGCCUGCAAGAAUGGAGGAAAGAUCUUAAAAACAAAACGGACAUGCUAAACGAAGUCGUCACGGAUUCAACUGGAUCCAAUCGAUUUGUUCGUCUGUCGAGAGAAAACGGUUCCUACGCACCUAAGGCGGCUGCACGACUUGAACAUGAUAUGAAUCACGUAUCUCCGAUAUCCCGUUCUCCGGCAACUACGACGUCGCUCCAGUUGCAGUUUUUACGCAUUGAUACAACGCCGUGUAACACAAAUACGCCACCAGCCAGAAAUACCGGUGCUCGCGGAAACACGCUCGCUGGGAUCUCUCGAGUGUGAUGAGUCACACUUGAACCGGACGAUUUUUGCGGUCUCUCGGACGUCGCUUCCCUCGCGGCCGAGCUGCUCGCGGUGCACGCGAGUCCGGCGAGCAGCGGCAUAUUGUUAGAUAUGUUUGGAAGCACUUCAGUAUUUAUAUACAUUUUGACCGUGUUAGUGCCAUCGCCGAGAUUGGUAUACCGAUGUAGAGCGCAAAAGUUAGCGAAGUUAGCGUAGAAAUUUCUGACGGGUUUCAACGGGAACGCAAGGGAGAUAUGCAAGAGGGAUUUUCAGUAUUGCCAUUUGCAUUUCCUGAUGCGUCAUCAAACAUAAUUUGUUGAUGUUGCGCUUGUGAUCUGCAAAACAGCGAUAAUAUACUCGCAGUUCUCGUAAUUUUUAGCUGCCUUUUACAAUUUAUACAAUUUUUUUGCGCAAUACCGCGUUUUAAAAUUGGAUAUGAAACUAUAAUCCGUAUCGCCAUUCCUCUUGUCUGCUUAAGCCUGAUCGUACGACCGUUAUAUUUGCUUAAACGCUAUCGACCGUACUGUCUAUUUGUUAGCGACAGGCAAUGAGUCACACAUCCGUGACGUUAGCGAUGGUGCACCGAUCGGCGGACCGGCUGCGUCUGCAAUUUGCAAAAUGCUACGUGCCGCACGCGAACGCGAGUAAUUGCACACAGUUGCAUCUUUGUAACAGCAGUCUUUUAAUGCCGUUGCAGACGUGCCCGGAGUCGUGACUAAUUCCCAAUCCCCCUCGCGCGUCUUGCUCUCGCAACAUGCCGUGGACGGUGUCCAGUAUCGAUGAUAGGAACGGCGGCGUAUCCCGCGAAAUAAAAGUUCAGUAGAUUGCGGCUAUGUAUUACCGCGACUGGCACGAAUAUGUUACUCUUCGAUUUUCAGUCGGCACUGUUAGCUCCGUGCCUCUCGUGUCCACGCGCUAUAAGUAUACACUAGCAUCGUAAUAUUAAGAUACUUUAACUAAAGAGAUAUUUUAAUUAGCUUCUAAAUACGCAUGAGAGAGAGAGAGAGAG